AUGCUUUCUGGUUCUGCUGAUGCUUAUUAUUACGGGAGGACAAAUUCUGGUGACAGAGCUGGCGGUAUCCACUAUACCCAUCAGACUUCGGACUCCCGACGGCCCCGAACAAGUGACGGCCAGCGCAUCCCACUCGUCCCAAGCUCGAGCAUCACUGGGGCGCUGUGGAAGGCUGGAGGGUAA